AAAUUGUCGAUGACCUAGAUGAGGCAGCCGCUAUGAUUCCGCCACUGUUACUAUCUGAUGAAGAUCCGAAACCAGUUUCGUACGCCCGCCAUGAGCUUCUUUUAGCAGAUGCAAGAAAAUUGCAACACAGACUAUCCAAUGCUAUUGCUCAAAAAGACACCACAGCCCUUUUAGCGUCAGUCGUCUCUGACAAAGAUUCAGCACGAUUACAAUCUCUUCAAGGCCCCUACGCGGGAGCUUGGCUCGACUCUAUACCCUCCUCUCGCAAGUUCGCGCUAUCGUCUCCGGAAUUUAAUUUGGCGUCUUGCAUGAGGUUGGGGAUACCCUUGCCAUUUGGAGAAUGGGUUGUAAAUUGCGAAUGUGGAUCAAAACUCGACGCUGAAGGUUUCCACCUACUUACUUGCAAGUCUGGCGGCGGUCCCAACUGGCAACACAACAGCCUUGUCGCAAGCUGGUCCGACUGCCUUCUCGAUCUUGGUAUACAUCACCGAAAGGAGCCUCGCAACAGAUACAGCAACAGCGAUGAUAGGCCUGAUAUCGUCGUAUUUGACAGCGAAAAUGGCUCAUCUCUAGAUCUAGAUGUUUCAUUCGCCCACCCCUGGAGCAAAGACUAUCUGAAACGAACAGCUCGAAUCUGCGGAUUUGCUGCCAAAAAACGUGAGGACCUCAAGUUUUCAAAAUAUGAUCAGGAACGUCUAGCAAGUGGUGACUCACCAGCAUUCACACCUCUAGUUUUUGAGCACUUUGGCUGCUGGGGUGAGAAAGCUGUCGACUACUUAAGGGUACUUUCGAGAAAAUCUAGGGAUGCUGUUGGAAAAUCCAACACGGCUGACUUCAUAAAUUUUUGGCGUAAGCGCAUCUCUGUUCAGAUUCAAAAGUGCAAUUCAAGGGUCCUAUUAAGGAAGAUUGACAGGCUUACCAACUCAAGGAGACCAUACAAUCACGGUCAAGACUGGGAUGCCCAGUCUAUUUGGGCUUCAUAAUUUUGACAGUUAGUAAAUUAUUAUACGUAUGGAUUACGUUUGGUGACUGUAGCUGUCUACAUUCUAGUUUAGCAUAUCAGUGAUUUCUGUAUAUUUGGCUGUUUAGUUAUAUCUGA